AGAUGUUGUCUUCUAGCUUCGUAAAGCGUUUGUAACCUACUCAAGAAGAAUGGCAGAGGCGAUAUCAUGUAAUCAAGAACUUUUUACAUGUCCUAUUUGUUUGGAUCUGCUGAAAGAUCCAGUGACUAUUCCCUGUGGACACAAUUACUGCAUGGGCUGCAUUAAGGGCUGCUUGGAUCAGGAAGAUCAGAAGGGAGUCUACAGCUGCCCCCAGUGCAGACAAAUGUUCACUCUAAGACCUGUUUUAAACAAAAAUAAUGUUUUUGCUGAGCUUGUGGAACAAUUCAGGAAGACCAGAAUCCAAGCUGUUGCUCCUCCUGUUGAAUAUGCUGGUCCAGGGGAGGUGGAAUGUGAUCUCUGUACUGGAAGAAAACUAAAAGCUGUGAAGUCGUGUCUGGACUGUCUGUUGUCUUAUUGUGAAACUCACUAUAAAGUUCACAACGAUGUCAAUCCUGGACGAAAACACAAGAUGAUUGAUGCCACAGGUCAGCUACAGGAGAGGAUCUGCGCCCAACAUGAGAAGCCUCUGGAGAGUACAGAACAAACUUGUGUUUGUUUUCUCUGCAUGGUGGAUGAACACAAAGGUCAUGACACUGUGUCAGCAUCUGCAGGGAGAAAGGAGAAACAGACAUACCUGAGAGAGACCCAGAGGUCAUUUCAGCAGAGACUCCUGGAGAGAGAGAAGAAGCUGCAGGAGCUGAGGAAGGCUGUGGAGACUCUCAAGUGUUCUGCACAGACAGCAGUGGAGGACAGUGAGAAAAUCUUUACUGAGAUGAUCCGCACCAUUGAGAGAAGGCGCUCUGAGGUGACAGAGCUGAUCAGAGCUCAGGAGAAGGCUGAGGUGAGUCAGGCUGAAGGACUCCUGAAGCAACUGGAGCAGGAGAUUGCUGAGCUGAAGAGGAGAGAUGCUGAGCUGGACCAGCUUUCACACACAGAGGAUCACAUCCAUUUUCUCAAGACUUUCCAGUCAGUGAGCAACACACCUGAGACUACAGACGUAUCCAGCAUCUGUGUUAACCAAGGCCUCUCUUUUGAGGCUGUGAAGAAAUCUGUCUCCUCGCUAAAGGGGCAGCUGGAGGAUUUCUGCAAAGAGGAAGUCAUGAAGAUUUCUGCAGCAGUGACUAAUGUCCAGGCUAUUUUGCUUUUGGAACCUACAACCAGAGAGGAAUUCUUACAUUACUCCUGUCACUUCUCUCUGGAUCCAAACACAGCAAACAGAAACCUCCAUCUGUCUGAUGAUAACAUGAGAAUGGAGGGGAGAGACGAGCUCCAGUCAUAUCCUGAUCAUCCACAGAGAUUCCCUGUGUGGUGGCAAGUGCUGUGUAGUGAGGGUGUGUCUGGACGCUGCUACUGGGAGGUUGAGUGGAGUGGGGUGGUUUAUAUAGCAGUCUCGUAUAAAAGCAUCAGCAGGAAAGGAAGGGGUGAUGAAUGUAAGUUCGGUUGUAAUGAUCAGUCCUGGAGGCUGAGACUCACCAGCUCUGACUCCUCAUUCUGGCACAGUAAUAAUGAGACUAAACUCCCUCUGGUGGCCAGCUCCAGAAUAGGAGUGUAUGUGGAUCACAGGGCAGGAACUCUGGCCUUCUACAGCAUCUCCGACUCAAUGACCUUACUGCACAGAGUCCAGACCACAUUCACUCACACACUCUACCCUGGGUUUAUGGCUGGCACUAAAUCAUCAGUGAAGCUGUUGUAACUUGAAAAUAUAGAUGCUGUAAACACAUGCAUUUCACCCAUCAAUCACGUUUAACCAUCACUAG